AUGCUGGGGCUGGCCGUGGCGUCGCUGGCCGUGGCGCUCGCCUACUUCGCGCUGCUGGACGGCUGGUACCUGGUGCGCGUGCCGUGCGCCGUGCUCCGUGCGCGCCUGCUGCAGCCGCGCGUCCGCGACCUCCUGGCCGAGCAGCGCUACGCCGGCCGCGUGCUGCCCUCGGACCUGGACCUGCUGCUGCACAUGAACAACGCGCGCUACCUGCGCGAGGCCGACGUGGCGCGCGCCGCGCACCUGGCCCGCUGCGGGGUGCUGGGGGCCCUGCGCGCGCUCGGGGCCCGCGCCGUGCUGGCCGCCUCGUGCGCGCGCUACCGCCGCUCGCUGCGCCUGCUGGAGCCCUUCGAGGUGCGCACCCGCCUGCUGGGCUGGGACGCCCGCGCCUUCUACCUGGAGGCGCGCUUCGUGAGCCUGCGCGACGGCUUCGUGUGCGCGCUGCUGCGCUCCCGCCAGCACGUGCUGGGCACCUCGCCGGAGCGCGUCGUGCGGCACCUGUGCAAGCGCCGGGUGGAACCCCCGGAGCUGCCAGAAGACCUGCGGCACUGGAUCGCCUACAACGAGACCAGCAGCCAGCUGCUCAGGGCUGAGAGCGGGCUCAGUGACGUGGUCAAGGACCAGUGACCACCACGCCCCCCACCGGCCUCGCCCUGGGGCAGUUGCCCACCCGCCCCUGCAUGUCAGGGGCAGAGAGCACAGAGUGGGCUGGCACAGAGUCGUCUCCCCGCUGGAGUGGCCUGCAUCCCAGCCCCCCUUCCGACGCUCUGGCCCUCCCUCCCCCUGCUGGUCUUGGAAGCUCCUCCCCUGCCCCCACACAACGCUGGGCACCGGACGAGGGCGACACAGGUGCCCGGCUCCAGCUCUGCCCUCGGGGUGGAGGUGACGAGGAAGGUGGGAGGCCCAGGGCCCUCGGCCUGUGGGCUGUGGGGGGGAAGAGGGUUUGGCCCCACCCUGCUGAUGGACCCAGGCUUCCGUAGGCUCAAGUCGGGAGAGUGCUGGGACCAGAGGGACCAGAGGGACCAGCUGGAAGCACCCUGAGCCCCGGAGUCUGGAGUUUGAGUUUGACAGAGCUGCUGGGGGUGGGGCGGGGAGUGUUGUGGCAGGAGUGAGGCCAGAGCAGCCCUGGGGCACGGGUGGGGCCUGAUCACAACAGCAGAUCCCUCUGGCCGCAGGUGACACCGGGGCAGGCCCAGGGUGGGGUCUGGGCAAUCGGGGCCAGGCAGACCGACCAGAGGGCACAGGGGCGCCCCUGGGGUGGGGGCAGGACCUGUGGUUGGAGCAUGUGCGGGGGCCCAGUGCAGGUCGGGGGGUGCAGAGUCUCCUGUGGCCGUACUGGUGGUGAGCCUCCCGUCCCAGCUGGGCCUGCUGCUGCCGAGGAAGCAGAGCAGGGAGCAGGGUUGUGCCCACAUGCCCUCUGCACUUUGCCCUCGCUUCUCUACACCACUGGGUGCUCACUGGGCUGUGCUCUGACUGUGGUGAGGGCCCUGUCCUCUCUGGGCCUUCACCUCAUUGGCCUGCGCUCCUGGGGUUGUCAUCCCCAUCUGCCUUCUGGGGACUUCCUCCUUCCCUCCAAGCGCUGGGGCCAGGGAAGGGUCUUUACGGCUUUGCUUGAGGGGCUCCCUGUCAGGGUCACCAGCUGCUGGAACACCAGCCGAGCUGCCUGUCCCCGCCGCCUCGCUCGCCUUCCUGCCGAGGAGGCCCGGGGACGAGCAGAACCCGGCGCAGAGCGGCCCAGCCAGGUGGGCAGAGCCGGGAGCCUUCGCUCUGGGUGGCUGGAGACGCGGCUCAGGCCCCGGGGGUGGCACUGCUGCUCACCCAGGACGAGGCGGCCGCCGCCACGCACCUGCUCCCACCAGCCCGUGGUGUGGCUGGGGCCACCCCCCCCCCCCCGCCCUGCCGGGCCCCGCCAGCUGGAG